AAGUAUCGUGUCCACAUCAGCACCAUUUCUUUACUCUGGUUCCGCCGAUCUGAUUUCGCCACGCCGACCAGACACACGAAUCGUCGGCGUUUGUGUUUCGAAUUUUUCUUGAUUAUUGAACAACAUCGUCGUUCGAUUGUCACCUCUUUGUGGUAACUUUGUUUCUCUGUGACAAUCUCAUUGUAAAUGGCGAAUUCGUUAUAUACUGUUUGUACCGUGAAAUGUUCAACAAAGUAUUGCUGAUGUUGAAAGUGAAUAACAGAACGCAGAGCCUUUGUUUUUUGACGUAGACGGUUGAUGGUUGCAGAUGUAAAUAUACACGGGAUUCCAUUUGGUGGUAAAUGAAAAAAAUGUUUUGUCGAGACGUUCUCGCUAAUGAAAUGUUUAAUUGAACAACGAAACAUCAAUCCUUUGCUGUUGUAUUUUUCGGAUACGUAAGUUGAGGGUUCUUGAUUCGUUGAAUAGUCGUAUGGAUUUUAGUGCGUCUAUAUAUUCUGUCGAAAAAUCACGAGAAUAUAUAGACGAAUUAUUAUUUUUCUAACAUGGUACAUAAAUAAACAAGAAAGCGCGCUUGGGAUGUUUCAUCCAUAUUGCAACUUGCACUUGCUCCGAAGCUCUCGUUCGCGAGUUAUCGGUAGCUUCAUAGCUUCGGGAAAACAUGCUAUCAGAAAAAGCUGGUUUAAAAAGGUGGAGUUUACAGCAGUCGUGUACCUUGAGCAAUUUUCAAGACAUUGCCAUUAUAUAAGUUUACAUAAAAUAUGCAUUCUUAGCAUUGACAUGACAGACUUUGAAUUGUUGGCGAUCAGAAAGGCGAAUGCAUCUGGCGAUGCCCCUCGCUGGUAUCCCUAUACAAGAGGAACGAAGAGAAAGAGAGUGCUCAUCGUGCUAAUUGGCUGUCAGUAUCGGUAGGAAGGAAUUUCAAAGCUCAAAGCUUUGGACGUAUACAAUCGCGGAAUACCGCGCGAAUAAUCCACCGGCCGGCCGGUCCAUUUUUACUCGAGUGUGCGAGAGAGGAAGACAGAGAAAGAGGGAAAUAAAUAACGUUCGUGCAAUAAGCGCCCUGGGCUUUACGUUGCUGCUCGCGCGUUUCAUUUCAUCGAUUUGAAAAAAAUGACAUUCGAGGGGAAACGAAUUACGGAAAAACUACGCGAUAUUUUGCAGUUUUAUUGUUUUCGGAAUUAAGAUUUAUCUGUUGUGUGUAUACGUGCAUGUGUGCGUGUGUAAUUGUGCGUAAUGUCAGUUCGAUCUCUUUUGUGAGGCCAAUGAUGUGAGAAACGCCGUUGCAACACAUUAAAUUGUUUAAUUUAAUACGUUUAUGACUCAACAAUAUGUGGGUAUGCGCAACUCCGACGAAAAGUUUAUUUGGAAUUUAUUUUACGGCGAAAUUUUUAUGUCGUGUAAAACACGGUGAUAGAAUCAACUCUACUUGUUCACGUUCUACUUGUUCUUUCUUUUUGACUUUGUUAAAGUUUCGUAGCAGAAACUAAUAACUAGCGGAACGAUCGCACAACCCUGAAGGAGGCUAUAUCACGGAAAGAACGUAAUCGAUGAAUAUCUCGAUUUUGAUACGUCGGACGUCACGUAUACCAAAUUUUAUUCCGGUUGAUCGACUUUCUCCGUUCAAUAUUAUACUUCACUUGGCAGUUUUCCAAGGAAUACGUGGUACUGCAUUACUUUCGUGCCAUUCUUUGUACGUGAUAGCUUCUCCAAACCAAGACGUCAGAAAAAGUCCUGUAUUUAGCUGAAUUUUGAAAAAUUGCACGAUAGACUGAAUGAAAUGACAUUCACGAUGCAAUAUAAUGUCACGCGAGCAGUGGCGACUCUUGCAAGAAAAGCAGCGAUUUAUUUCCAGACACGCGUUUGAAAAUAUCGUCGAGUCCACCGAGACCUCAUUGUAGCAACUUGUAGGAACGUUAACUCUACAAUUUAUUAAGAAGAUCACAAAGAAGGUCUCAGAUAUCAUUUUCUCAUCGUUCGAACCUGCUACUUUUGCUCCGUUUUUUGUCGUAGAAACAGAUUUAUGAAAUAAUGCUCUCCAUUCUUGGACACGUGCGCGGGUGCGCGCGCGUGUGUCAGAUCAAUCGCGAUAAUCCUAAAGUUGAUACUAAUGCAAUAUUAUAAUUUACUUUCUGAGAAUUGAAUAGGAGCCAUCGCUCUUAAAGGAUUCCACGAUAUCUAUUAUUACAGCUGAUACGGAUAGUAAUUAAGCUUGACUAUUUUAUAAGGAUGACUGCGUUCAUUAUAAAGGAAUGUGUUAUUACGCUGUAUUUACUUUUUGUAACAUACUUACUUUGUACUUGUUUUACACAGUCAUUGUGUUAGACACGGGCAUUUUAGAUACAAGACCACUGGACGGCAGGGCGUUAUAGGGUCAAUUAUUCAUGCAGUGUUCAACGUUGGUUUACCGGUUUUCAUGCCUGAGAUCAAAUCAAUUUCAUCGAACUCAACCACUCGGAUAGAUAAUAAUUGUUGUUUUCUCUCUGUACAUUCUGAAAAUUAGAAAGCUCAUUAAUUCCCGAGUAAUUAAAUUAUAAUUUCAACCUUGCAAAUAUAUCGGCGGACUAUUAUUGCGUUUAAUAUUCCGGGACCAUUUAACAUACUGCACGUUGCAAAGUUUAACGUUAUUCUCUCGCAAACGCAAGCUUAUUCACGUUCAUAUUUCUCUUUUCCCAUCCCUCUUUCCGUGUCUCGUAUUAUCUCCCUGCAAAUGUUGCUAUCGGAAAUCCUAUAUCGAUGAUAACGUAUCGGUUGUCGAUCGAGAAUUGCAAAACGCGUCAAUGGCACGCGCCGUUUCUUCUGACGAACAUCAAUUCUCGAAAAUACACGUACAAUUAACCGCAUCUCAAAAAUAGUAGUUUCUUAUUAAUAAUUGAACGUAUCGAUUGUGCCGGCUCCGUGCGGCUGGAUGCUGCGCCAAAUUAGAAAACCGAUACGACCUGCAUUUUAUGUCGUUGCACGAUUUAUUUUUAUUUCCAAUAAAGGGGAUUUUCUUCUUCUCUGUCUCUUUUUAAGUUGAAACCAUUUCUUUCACGUGGAAAUCAAGUAGACGAGAGACAAAGAUAAGACUUUCUCGUUUAUGUUCUUAAACCAAUUCUCUCUAAUUAUAAGAUAGAUGUAAUUGAAAAAUAUAUCUGAAAAAAGAAAACACCUACAUCUUUUCUCGUAUGUAGAAGAGCUUAAUUAUCGUUACGACAUGAUAUUGAUAAGUGCAGCAAACUCAUUCUCUUGCAAUUCUCUUACAUUCUGAAAAAAAAUGUGUAACGAGACCAUAAAUGUGCCGUAGCGAUACAUUCCGAAGAAAACACUCGUUAAACGACAGGUGAAAUAUAAUUGAAUUCUGUUGCGAUUCUCUUUGCUAUUACGUAUUGAACGAUUCGCGCAUUCAUCGUACUUUGAAUGACAGACACUGAAUACAUAGCCAAUUAAUAACCACUUGCAAUUAUACGAAACAACAAUUCCAUUAGCGCUGAUGAAUUUUACGGAAAGCCCUCAUGCGUCACAUUUAUUUUGUUAAAAUUUCAUAGCGGCUACAAGUUUUAUUCAAAUAUUGGUUCGCAGCGUGUUUGGCCAUUUACGGCGUUUCAGGGAAACGAAUUGUUUCACCCUCGCGCGGAAUAUACAAGAAGAUUUAACAAAGUUUCAAGAUGUACGGAUAUAAACGUAAAUAUAUGUAGGAUAAAGAGCCUCAAAAUUCUAACAAGCCUGCCCGAGGCAAGAAACUUUGAACUAUGCUUGGCCAGUUAAUUUACAAUGAACUUUGUCUCGAUAAAAAUUUCGAUAACGAACGAUUCCAAUUUGAGAUCUAGGUUUUGGAAAUUCAUAAUAGUUCCAAGUAUCAUGAGAAACGUACAAAAAAUACGAUCGAUAUUAAUCGAGCUUAAACGUUGUUGAGGUGGAAAGUUAUUGUUGAAGGAUAUCCAAGGAUCCUUCGAGUUUCUCUCGAUAUCAUUUAUUAAUUAUGAGCGGAACGGAACAUUUUGCCACUCUCGUAUCUCGUUAUGCGUUAUUGCCUGUCUCUUCACAUCCAACGCAGUAGCAUAUUACAAAAAAAGCGGAAGAAAUAUUAAAGGAAAACCAUUUUCGUCAGGAGAAAAACGGAAAGAGAGCGGAGGGAGGGGACGAAAGUUGCAAAUGGGUAAAGUUGCGCAAAGACGGAGGAAUCACGAGGUGGGACUUUCGGGGUGUAAGUGACUCCGAGCUUCCGAGUGUUGCGCUUUCGAAUAAAACUCCGGUCUAACGAUUGGUCGGCGUGCGUGCCCGGAAAAGAAAUGGCAAGUCUCCCUCUCGCAACCUGCGUGCAUCUGCCUCCUUUACCUGGAAAUUUUUAUUGCCAUCUGGAUUACAUUUGAUUAACCCAAGUGUUGCAAGUUUCUCUGCGCGCUGCAGAUGUCUCGUACAGUAAUAGUGAAUCAGGAUGACUCACGCGCAUAUUUUAUUGCUCACAGGCGGGCACAAAAGCAAACCUGUGUCAAGCUUUUUCGAUUUUCUUUAAUUAAUAUUUUACUACUCCAUUCUUUAUUCUCUAUCAUAUUUUUACCAAUUACUUUUUAUUACACGUACGAUAGCGCAUACGUACAGUAUGACGACAAUUAAUAUCGUUGAAACGGAUGAAAUCCUCGAGAAAUCUCGUGCAGCCUCAAUGUCAACCUCAAAAGUUAUUAUGCGGUGGAUCCAUUUGACCCAGAUUCGUAAUUCUCCGGAAAGUUGGUCAUACAACGUCGGACCAAUUCGUAGAUUCGUGAACGAGAUCGCUUGACGGACAAAUCGAUUUGAUGAAUGCCGCAAAAUUAAGUCUAGCCGCGCUCGAUAUUUUCGACGCUUUUGUCACUUGAUAACGCUGAGCAGAUGGCAAUCAAAACUUAUACUCGUACAUCGUGAAAAUGCGCAAUGGAACGGAUUAAAACGAAAAUAAGUCGCCAACGCGAAAAGUUUGUGAAAAAGAAAAAAUUGAAUGAGCUGAAGCAAGAGCUGCAUAAAAAUGUCUCGUGUAUCCGAGAAGUUGCAGCACGGAGAAAUAACGUUGUGCAAAUUCAAUUAAAUAAAUAAACAAUACAAGAUACUUAAAUGGCAUGUUUUUUAAAAGAUUGUUUUUAUGGUGAGGCCGACCAAUUGGAGUGUAACGAUGAUUCCAUUAGAUCGCGUCCUUUGAGUUCAAAUCCAAAAUUGUUAACAUCGUAUUUUGCAACCUUUCGACAUGACCUGGAGCAAAAUGUUGCAUUUACAGCGAUUGACAUAUGUAAGGCUGUAGGAAAAAAUAUUAUGAAAUAUUGCCUCGAGGGAGAACUCGUUGGCCCGCAUUUCAUGAUAAAAGCUAACGUUGCAAUUGAUUUGUGACGUAGCCGUUUACUGUAUCGCGAGGCACGUGGGUUAGAUGUACCGUAGCAUUCGCCAUAAUAAACUCGCGUGCUUGCGGACUUUAAAAAUUUACGAAAACUUGUUGCACACACACCACACACACACACACACACAGAAAUGACAAACUCAUGUGUACGCGCGUACAUGCGUUUCUUUAAAAGCGAUGUAAUUAUUAGUCGAAUUUUACACAUAAGUAAAAAGAUACUGCGAUCGCCUCUUUGGAAAAAUUUCUAUCGCACAAGCGUGUCAUGGGGAAUUUUCUCUGAUCUGUCAUGAUAUAAAAUGCAUCAAAUAUAUUUUCUUCUUUUCUUCUUUUUUUUAGUUUUUAUGGGGACUAUGAGAAUGUGUAUAUUCGGUGUGGAUUGAAGGAGCGCCAUCGAGUCUCGCUCCGUGUUUACCCUAUACGUAGGAGAUUUUUCGCUGAUCGCGCAAAGAUGCUGCGCGCACACACAUACACACACACCUCCUCCCAUCGCGUCGGAGAAUCUCGCUCGCGCCAUAUACCGGCUCCGGUAUUCCGGAUACACGAUACAUCAGGCGCAUUCGCGGGGAAUUUGUGGGCGACGUGUCGAGUACGUUCCUGGAUAUGUACGUCGCUGGGAAUACCGCACCGACGGUAUUCCCGCGAAGCGUCGCGAUGUCUCCCAGCGUCCACUUGCAAAGAGAUCACGUCUUUCUCUUGCUCCUCCUUGCGAUUUUGCUCCAAGUUUCUAUUGUAUUCGCAGCGUUGUUAAUUCACUGUGCUCUAUAUAAAUGUCUCAUUAUAUCACGAAAGAAUUACUUUAAUGUACCUAUACUCGUAAUUGUUUUUUAAUGUCUCUGUUGUCUUGUUUGUGUAGCUUCAGUCAUCAAUUCCAACGACGCACAGUGGCUCGUUUGUCAGCUCCAAAGGACAAGAAUAUUUUUUAAAGUUCCGGUGAUUAAAUGUAAAAAGCCCGAAGAUAUGGUGUGCCAAGUGGGUGUUGUGAACAGAGAGGGAAGCUUUGCCGUGCCCGAGGAUAACAUUACAAACAUGGAGGUGCUCGAGGCGACGCUGAGUGACAGCAAGAAAAAAUACGGCGACAAGGUGAAUGCACUUUUGUCGGCCUGGGGGUAUGUCGCCAAUUAUAUCUCCGCGGCUUCGUCCGAGGACACCCAGUCUCUCAUAGAAUGGGUUCACAGACAUACAUUGACCCUGGUAUUGCGCGGGGAGUGGCCAAAGUGGCCGGUCGCCAAAACGCACCUCUGCGUGAUGCUGCAGAAGUGUGUGUCUCAGCUGGUGCAACACCCCGCUGCAUCCAAGUGUACUUCCCUGCUGGCUCUGGUGAACAAUCCAUGGAAACAUCCCGUUCUCGACAGCAUACUUAACGGCCAACCGGAUUCCGAACAUGAAGAGGAAUUCUGUUGUUCGGAGAAAGGCGAGUUGCUGACGAUGAGACUAAAGAUACUCUGCGAGGACCGCUGCGAGGACAUAGCGGUGAACCUCGCCGCUGCGUGCGUACGCUCCCUCAGACGAAGCGAUCAACUACGGUCGCUCUCGGAGUCUCAUCACGUGCACUACAUGAUCGACGUGUACAUUGUCCUCUUGUAUAAAUUGAAACGCACGCAAGAUAUUUUCGCUCAAUUAAAAUUAAUGGACCUCAAUGACGGGCUUGAAUUGGUCCAGAGGCUCAGCGGCGAGAAGCCAACCAAGUAUGGAACGGCGCGUGUUUGGAGAAAUUCGAUAAAGGCUGCGGAAUUGGUCGCCCAGUAUCUCGUUACAGCCGGGAUGGUUCGGCCGGUAUCGGAAACUGGCGCAAAUAUUUUGGAGCAAAUCUUAAACUCUUGGGCGCUGUUACACGCAAAAUUGAAGGAUGUCGCACCCACUCUGCCUGGCAUGAUUAGAAAAUUAAUCGAACCUGCGGAAAGUGCUCAACAUAUUUAUAUCUUCUGCGCAGUGCUUGCAAAACACUUCGGCGAAAGUAUAAAACCUCUGGUUAUCGAAUUGUACAUCAGGGCGCUGACAACGGACAUGAAUGAGCUGGAAAGCCAGAAGGCAAAGUCGGACAAGGACAAGGUGCGCGAGACCGUCAAGCGCCUGAGCACGCAAUUUCUCAAAUUGGCGGACGUAGUCGACAGCAAUAUCGGUAUCGCGAGGGAGUGCGUCCUAACGGCAUUCUCCUUGCAUCCUACCAGGGCCUGUUACGACAGAAUAAAGGAAUUAGCGGUGGCGUGUGGUAAAGCGAAAGAGGACGGUGUUUCGCAAGAAGAAACCACUUCCGAAGGGAAUAAAUCCGAAGGGACCGAAGAGACCGAUCGCUCGCAGACGUCAAUCAUCGAAAACACGAAAAGAUCCGAUAUUACGAAAAACAGUUGCGUCGCGGAGAUAUCUUCGACGCAAGCAUCGAGUAGGACAGUCAUCUCGGAAGCCGAGCCGGCGAAUCAAAAUUCGACCACCACAAAGAGCAUAGACUUUCAAUACGGUCAGGUAACAAAGACAUUCGAGCGUACUAAUCAACUGUUGAAGAGUCUGCUGACGGCGAAGAAACCCGACAUGACCACAUCUGAAACAACAACAACAACGGCAACACCGAACGACAGGUGUCCGCUGCAUGCAAAGUGCGAUCCUUCGUCCGGCGGACCGCUUGGCGAGCUUUGCUUCAAUUACGGCGAAUUCACCGGCAGCAAUCGUCAAGUGGCCGACGUGAAACCGCAGUCGGGCGAGAUUAGCGCGAUCACACCAGGUGGCAACAACAACGUGGAGAGAACGCUCGAUGCGCUGAUCCUGAUCAAAGGCGACGCGGUAACGGGCUCGGCGAACUACGACGAGAAAUCCGCGCCUAGCCAGGUAUUGGACGGCGAGAAACUCGGUCUCUCGCCUCAGUUGUGCGAUGAUCUGGCCGUGGUGUUGAGCAGUCCGCGUUACCAUAUGCUCAGCUGGGUGCUGGAUUGGAAGGAGCUGAAAAAUCUGUGCGAGCGAUACCUGGAGAAUGCCGAGGAGAUGCGUAAUACGAACAAGGAGCUCAAGUACCUGAACAUUGACUACUCGCAAUUCAAGGACUGGCCGUCGGAGGACGACAAAGACGUGUUUUUCGGCAUCGAAAAGGGUUACGAACAAUGGGUCGACUUGCCGUCAGAUAAUUCCGAGCAAUUUGGCAGUUUCCAGCCGGCGGCUGGCUACAAACGCUCGCGUCGCAACUUGGAUGACACUACCACGGAUUCUGACAGUGGCAGUAUAAUGCGCGUGCGGCGUACGAAUCGUGCGCGCAAGGUCCUCCGGCUGGAGUCGUCCGAGAGCGAUUACGACAGCGCCGAGCGUAAACCAAAGCACUUUAGGAAUAGGAUCAGCUCAGUGUCGGACAGCGACAGCAACACGCAGGACAGUCAGACCGACAGUCUCGGUAGCGACGGUUGCCGAUUGGAGACCAAGAAAAAGUCCAACAAGUCGAGUGGCAAGGAGUCCAGUAAGAAACGAUCGAAACCGAAGCUCACCGUCGAGUCCGUCUCGCACUUCCAUAUGUUGGUGAACGAGGACACGCGGCAUACGAGCGCGCACGAGGACGCCAGUGGCUCCGACGUCAGCAGCAACGACAUGAUUACGCUCUUCUCCGCCGACAUGGACGAGAAUAAGCGCGAGACGAUUAAAGGCUCGGCGUAUACCGCCGCGGCGCAGUUGAUUAUCACCGAGAGGCGAAGCGACCCGGCGGUGCUCAAGUCCCUGAGGAUGUUUAGACCGCAAAACUCGAAAAAGCCACCGAGAAUCUCGCAGAUUUUGCAGAAGAAUCUGCUGAACAAGAACAAGGAUACGAACAACGGUCGGUCGGACGAGCAACAGGCGACGAACAACAUCGCCAAGUUCGCGCCGAUGCUGAGCACGCUGAAUCUGAACCCGAAGAUCGUGCUGACGCGCACGGACGAGAUCGACCGCAAACUGGCGAAUCGCGUCAAGAAGCAACAGCAACGGCUGAGCAGUGGCGACAUUACCAACGAGUUGAUCAACAUACAGAAGACGAUGCCGUUCUCGUCGAACAACAAGAGUGUAAUGACGUAUCAGAAGAAGCAAAAGGAGCGCGCUACGAAUAGCAAGAGCAAUAAAACAAACAGCAAGAACGAUCUGAGCUGCACCGUGGUGGUCGAUGAUCACCAUGACCAUCAUCGUCAUCAUCAUCAUCGCCAUCAUCAUCAUCACCAUCACCAUCAUCAUCAUCUCGGUUCUGUCAAGUCAAAUUUGGGUAAGACCAAGUUUGAUAUCCUGGCAAAGGCCGUCAGAGACUCUGAUAUAUUGGCGAAGAAUGUGCCGGGUUUAAACUCGUUGGAUAUGAUGGUGCCGCCGCGGCAACGCUCCACGGUAAACGUCGUGCAGCUUUCUAGAAGCGGAGUGCCGCAGAGUCCUAAUUCUGCCACGGGCACCACGGCAACGGUCAACAUCAGUGGUAAUACACCGCCACGGCCAACGCGCACCCCAAGCGUAGCUGGUAGCCAGAGCGGCGGCAGUAUACAAUUACCAGGUACGCCGUCUUCCGGUGGUCAUGACAGCGGCGUUGGCAUGAGUCCGGCUGGGCAGACGCCACCGCCCAGAUCAUCAUCGAAUCUCGGAACUCCAGACACUAUCGGUGAGGAAGCCAAUCAACCGUCGGGCGGCACGUCGCCGACAACCAUCGGAUCAUCGAUAACGACCGUCGUCCCAACGACGAUGACCGUUAGCCAGUUUGUCGACGCCGUCGAAUCGUCCAGCCCAGCGCGUACGAUGACGCAAAUACGACGCAUGAGCCAACAGAACAAUCAGUCGCCGAAAAAGUCUCCCUGUUCCCCGUGUUCCACCGGCGCGACUACGAUAACAACGACUACUACCACGACGACAUCCCCAGGAGGAAUGAUCUCGACGUCUAUUACGUCCGAGCCGUUGAAAGUCAUUUGCAAGCCGGACGGCAGUUACCACAUCGCGUCGCUCAAUCCCAAUCAAGUCGUAUCCAAUCAAAGGAAUCUCCUGGGUCUGCAGAAUCUGGACGACGGUAGCGGCACAGGUUUCGCGCGGCAGGCGACUCAGCAACAACAACGUACCGCGGAUGUGACCGGCAGUGUGCCGUCCAACAGAAAUGCUUACGACCGAUUGGCUGGUUCUGUGAAAAGCGCGGCGCAGUCCGGGCAGAACGCCGUUUUGCCCAAAUUCCAACAGGCCUUUCGCAAAACCUCUAUCUACACUCUAUCGACGGAUGCAGCCGCGAGCGGCGGCACAACCGGCGCUUCUGCAGACACAUCGUUAGGUGUUCAACCAGCGGCGUCCGCGCAGAAAACGACGACGAACUUGUCGAAGGCGGUACAGACAUCGGUGCCGAAUAAUCAGCCGCAGCAGCAGCAACAGCAACAACAAACGAACGCCGGCAGUAUCAACGUGCAAUCCAUCAUUCCCAAUCUGCAGCUACCGGGCGGCAGACAGAUAGUCAAUAUCGUGCCCAGUUCUGGUAACAAUGGUCCGGCAAACGCCGCCAUUAGCCCGAAUCAAACCGCCAAUCAAACGCUCACGCAACUCGUGCAGAAUGCCAGUUCGCCUAGCGGUGUCAUAUAUACCCAUAAAGUGAUAGCUGGUAAUAAUCCAAAUCAACUGAAUAUCAUACCGGCCAUAUCGCACGCCAACUCAAUACCGGGCGGCAGAACGCCGGUCGUCAAACUGAAUAUUAUUCGCGCACCGAUCAGACAACAGAAUCUGGCGGGCACUAUUCAGGCUGUUCUGACGCCAAGAUUACAACAACAGCAACAGCAGCAACAAACCGUGAGGACGGACAGCUUGAUCGGUUCUCCAAUCGAGGUGAACAAUCAAGUGAGCUCAACAACUUUAGAACAGCUGCGGGAGUUUGAGAGUGUGCUGGAGCAGGUGAAAGAGAGAAGUAUCCAGCCACAAGCCCAUCAAUCGAUCUCUUCCAAUAGUGCGACCACGACGACCGUACAGACGCAGACUACCACACAGCAGACUCAGGCGAGUAAACAGCAGCAGCAGCAACAACAACAACAACAAAUGUCCGUUAGCGCUUUGGCGCAGCAAUUAAUGAUGCCAACGCAGUCGAGCACCAACAGCGAGCCUUUCGCCAGCAACGGUAACACUGUGACGUUCCAGCAAGAAUCCGUGUUCCCGCAAAAGGUCUCUCUGGCCUACGUGACUCCGAGUAGCAGCAGCACCGUGACCGCCAAAGUGGCGACAAACUCCACGACGCCGGUGGUUGUAGUCACUAGUUACUGCCAACCGGCGGCGUCGCCGGCGUUAAGCGUCACGUCGCAGAGCUCGUCCAGUCCGUGCGUGACGCCGGCACCGGCACCGGCGCCGAUACCAUCAUCGGCCGGCAAGACUCCGCCGACUCCGCCGUCCGCCGCGGCGGCUGCUGCCGCUGCCGCCGCCGCCGCCGCCGCUGCUGUCAAGACCGGUGUAAAGAAAUCGACGCCCAAGACAGUGAAGACUAGUGCCACAAACACGUCGAAAGCGUCGCCGAUACCGAAACCGCAGCAAAAGCCGCAGGAAGACGAGCAGACCGCCCAGCGAAUUUACGCAAUUCUGGACGAAUAUGCCGAACAGUUGAGAAACUCGCCGGAUCUCAACAACAAGCCGGCACCACGAAGAAGAUCCAAUCCGCCGACCAAUUCGAGCCAAUCCUCGAAGAGAAAGAAAUCGAGUUCCAGCAAGACCAAGCCGGUGGGACAACAAACCUCGGAGCUGAGUCCCAGUACGGACGACCUCGGCAGAACUAUGGGCAGCGAGGAUUCCUCCAGUGGUGUUGUACACGUGCAGGAUAGCCCAGCCGGUUUCUCGGCACCAGAGGAACCCGCGAUGAGCGUCAAUGCCAGUAACGUUAACGCCACGGAAACGAACGCCGAAGUGCGCAAUCUGACGAGCGAUUCAAACGACGGCGUCGAGCUAAACGUCAAACGACGCAAUCUUAUCUUCACGGAACCAGGUUCGGGGCAACCGCGCACUGUGAUCGUCCAGGAGGCCUUGCAGCCCGGUUCGGUGAGCGUCAGCGAAGCAUUGGCCUCGGUUACCGGCAAAAUGGGCGGUACAUCGGUGCUGAUGCCAACUAGUAUCGUGCUGCCGCUAGUAAAGGGCACUCAACAAUUCACCAUAGUGUCUGGAUCGAAGUUGCUGACCAUGCCGGCCGUGCGCACCGCCGGUAGCAAUGCUGCGGUUUCCAACACUCUGGUGCUGCAGUCAUUUCUCAAUCAGGGCACCAAACUGAUCUCCACGCAGCCGCAGAUGAAACAGAUGAAGGUGCAGCCCACGCUGCAGACGCUGUCGAACAACAAUCAGACCUUGACCGGUGCGCAGAAUGUUCAGGGUACGUCCGUGGUGAUACCACAGAGCGGAAGCGCGCAAUUCGCCGGGGAGACGACGACGACGACGGUAACUGCGACGCCGGACAAGUCCAGCGUGAUCGGUGACCUGACCAUGAAGAACGAUGCCGGCGGCGGAAUCGCAGUCGAGUCCGCGGCUGCGACGAAUACCGCUAUUGUGGUGAAUAAGAGCAAUCCCACCAUUAGCCUGAUCGGCACCCGCAACAUCAACGAGAUAUCGGACAGUCAGCAGAUAUGUGGAGUCAUCACCAGCAAUCCCACGCUGCAGGGUACGACGCGGCUCUUCAACUCGAGCAUGCACAAACUGUCGUCGACCUCUACCACCUUAAAGGCGGACAAUGUAGUAUGUAUCGCGCCAGCUGCCGCGGUCUCGCACUCGCCGGAGAAAAAAUCGCCUCAAGACGGGCAGAUCCAUGCCGAGAAGUCAGUAUCUAUACAACCCGGUGCGACGAUCGCGCUCACUUUCGCCCCGCAAACCGACGUGAACGCUAUGCUGAACGAUGCCGGUCAACAACAACAGCAACAACAGAAAGACACGAAAGAGGCGUCUACUGAGAUAACAUCUGGCACGAAGAUUAUUUCCCCGAAAACGGUAAAAAGAAAAUUCGAUGAACCUAUAGGCAUACAAGGAAACAUAUCGCCGAGAACUCUGAUUCCCUCGAACAUUGCCACGUCGUUGCAGAAUAAUACGAAAAUUGAAUCUAUGUCUCCCAUCACUACUACGAACAAGCAGUCGAGCGUAAUCGACAGUACGACGCAAUACUUGGUGACCGGUGGACCAAGCAGCUCGGACAGCCAGGAAUCGCCGUUGCAGCAAUCUGCCGAAGCGAUCGACGGAUCCUGCAAAGUUGGGAAUGGGCUGUUGUACGAGAACGCGCGUCUGCAGGAGGCCUGGGAGUCGGAAGGAAAGGUGUCGCCAGAUACACCAUGGAGAUACGUUCCUACAUCGAUGAACGCGCUCGGCAAUGAGCCGUUGAAAGUGUAUUCCAGGGAUAGCGACAACUCCGAGAGCGUACUGCAGAUCAUCAACAAGGGCCAGGGUAUCGAGAUGGCGAGCGGGCAAAUCUACCAUUCAAAUACAAAGAAAUACUUCAUGAAUCAUACUCUAGACACUUCGUACUCUAACAAGAGCAAUAUGAUGAAAUCGCAGCUGAUACCAAGAUUAGAUCGCGAGUUGAUGCAGCAAAGGGUGGAGAGGAAGGUCGCGGUGUACGAGCGCGAGUUGAAGCUGCAGAAGAGCUUAUCGGAGGAGUGCGAGGAUCUGGGGGUGGACGAGCCCAGCACCAGCGAUCUGUUUCCCGAAGCGGACCUGCUGUUCGACACGAAUCACUCGCCAUCGUUCGAUCAUUCCUCGCAGGACGCGUCCUGCAGCCAGUCCCUGGGCAUGAAAUCGUACAACAGCUCGUACUACCGGCUAGAUUCGUCGAGCGGCAGCAGAGACGCCAGUCCAACGAGCGACUUUAAAACGAAUGAACGCAAGAAGAACGUGAGCCAGCGCGCGCGGGCCCUGAACCCGAUGAAGAGGGGCAAGAGGGAAAAGGAGGAGCUUCAAUCGACGAAGCACAUGCGACUGACAUUGGACAAUCUGAGUCAGGACGAGGCGUCGAACAGCAAUUCGGACAUUUCGAGGCUGUCACCGGCGAAUCUCGGUUCAUUGGAGAACGACUCGUCGAAGGACAUGGGUGGCCAUCGUGUCAAGCUGACCUCUAGAAACGGCUCGAAGGAAGGUACGCCCAGUAGUGUGUCCAGUAUACCGUCUAACAUGAAAUUGGACAUCGACCUGGACUCGGAAUCAUUGCCGCCGAGCAUCAACGUUAACAAUACCUCGGCGGCCAGCUCAGGCGACGAGAGCCUCACUCUGUUGAGCGGUAACACCGCGGAUCAUCACACCAUCCCAUCGCCGUUGUCGCCACUGGCGGCUGCUGGGCCGCUGCUGUCCACGCACAACAAAUACACAUACUCGAACAAGAAGCGAGUGCCGUCAUCGAAAGUGCGCAUGGAUUCGUACAUGGCAUGGGAGAGUCCAAUGUCGGAGCGCACGAGAUCUAGCAGCGACGACGAGGAUUCGAGCGUCAGCGAAUCGAUCGGCAGCCAACCGGAGGACAAUGUUACGCUGAGCAAUGGUCUGGAGGAUAGCGUGCAAACACUGAAAUCCUUGGCCUCCGAUCGACGUUGCACCUAUGUGAAAAAGAAGGACAAGCUGCACGUGAACGCGAGGGUGGUGUUGAAUCGCGCCGAUCACAAAGUGGCAGCUGUGGCGACGGCGCCGACAGUGACCGCGACAGCAACGACAACGACGACGACGACGACGCAUCUCAAACGGAUUACCAAAACCACCACGACGGAGUCAAUAGCAGCGACGGAAUCGAUGGUGAUAUCGAGCGACAAGGCAUCGGAAGCAUCGGAGGACGAAACGAACAAUACCGUGUUGAUGGAACCGACGGACUGCCGCGCCCGGAGAUCUAGUUUGCGCGGCCACGUGAAAAAGGGUUGCGGAUGCUGCAACGGUUCGCCGGAGCGGCCGAAGAAGAAGACAACGACGGUGAAAUCGACGGAUCACAAAUUGAAGAAGCGUCUGUCGUCAAAGCAGCCCGGCAAGAAGAGGUAGUCCUAGCGAUCGUCAUCGUGUAUCGUCGUCAUCGUUGCCAGUAGCUUCCGAAACGACGACGACGCGCAGACGUUUCAGGCGCGAUCGAAACCAAACACCAGGAGCAUCGUAUCGAUUCCCAUUACGAAAAGGACACGAUUCGAACGGUGAAUCUUUUUAUUUGUGGAUCGGUGGAUCCACGAUCCAUUGGUGGCAUUGUAAAUAUUAGCAAGCGCGCUUAGCCGUGAAUUUCGUGAUUCACUACGCAUUCGGAACAUUACGUUGGCGCGCGCGCGCGCAGUUUUGGCCGGGAGAAAUAUUUCUUCAUGAAUAUAAAUUAACAAUGAAUCCGUUUCAGGUUGAUAGGCGUGCUCGCGUACGUAUGAGUAUGUAUGUGAGUGUACACACGCGCGAAAGGGAGAACAAGGACGAGAGUAACGCGCUCGUACAAUUUUUAGAGUCCUCGUCGAUAACAGUAGAUCAUUCUUCUACCAUUAGGUGUUAACUACGAUAUUAGAUAGUAAGGUACAGGUCAUUUAUGUAUGGCAGACUUAGAGUUUAAAUCGUUAAACAUAACUAUCGUUUAACGGUACAAUCUAGUCAAGUCGAUAAGUUCUGUGUGGCGAGGGAGAGGUGACAUGGGGAGCGCGUGAACCAAGCAUUGAGAUAGAAAUUAAGCGUAACGGUCUUUGACAGAUCCCUCGCAGAGUAAAGAGAGAGAGCCUGAAUUUAUAUUCAACCUAUACAAUAUAUCUACCAUGAUGAAGCUAUUCCACGUUGUAAUAUGGUGUGGUCAGACUGAAUAGACAAAUAAUAAUAGAGUUCUCUUUCCGCGAAGAAAUUAGGAUAUAGUAACGAGGAUAUGCAGUCUCCUUGGAAUGCAUCGUCUUUGCCUUUUGUGUAAUGCUUACCUGUAUCUGUAUAACUCUAACUCUAACUUUAUAGUUGAAAGGGAAAAAGUGAAAUUGUCACUGUAAAUUCUCGGCACUCUGCUCUUAGGCUCUUAAGGAAAACAGUGGGGUUGCUAUUUGAAUGGCAAAACGAGAUACGAACGCACGAGAUCCAAGUGCGUGAGACACAUAAAAGGGACAAGCAGGAAGAGGAGAGAAAAGGAGUCGCAAUAACGCGUUCUACACGAAUCAUUCUAACAGCUGUCUGUUGUACGGCCCGACCAUACCUUGUCAUGGUGCAUGUAAAAAUCCACAAUUGUACAUUUUGCGUAGAUAAUUCAUUAUAAAAAGAUAUAAUAUUAUAUAUCGCUGCACUUUAGUACAAAAACGCUUCACUUUGUUUCAGAUGAGAGUGGCAGGUUUAUAUCGUAUUUCCGUGUGCUGUCGUGAAACGUGUGAAUGUUCGCAGAUUUUACUAUAGUAAUCACUCGAUACUUGUAACUUGUGGAAGCUCGUGCGAGCCGAGCAGACUGCGUGCAAAAGAGUAUGAGUUUUUCCGAUUUUUCGGUUGUAAUAAUUGUAAGCGAUAACUGCAUCGUCGGGCUCUGAUAUAUCCAUUCCAAAUUGUUUAACCCGGCACGUUACAUAAGAGUCAUCGAUUUGUUCUUUCUCUCUUUUUCUGUUCUCUUUCGCUGUUGCAAGAGAAAAAUAUCGUAGCUUCAAAUAAUCGAGGUGUAACUUUACUUGCGAAUAGUGUCUCAUUACGUGAUAUGAACCAAAGUAAAGGCUCUAUUGUGUGUAGUGAGGGAAACGCAUAAUGAAUCGAUGAUGAAAGACAAAUCGCAUUACACGUGUAGAAUAUGUAAAUUAUGAUUAAACUGAUCUGUAAAAACAUUCAUGUAUAGACACACGCGCACGCGCAUAAAUUAAUUUGUUUCUCGUUUUGCUUCCUUUUUUCUAGUUUUACUUUCACAAGAUAAUAAUUUCGUUACUUAUUUUUCAAUUAUAAAUGCACACGCAACUUAGAAAUUAAGAAUAUAAUACGAUGUACUUGUCAUAUACCCUAAUACAAAAUGCAGAACUAUUUACUUGAUACGCAAAGAAUCAGAAACAAUUUAAAUACCGCUCUUUAUUCUCCGCUAUUCUUUUUCCCUCUUAAGAUAAUCACUGAUAUCAAUUUUGAAAAACCUAUGCAACCAUUUGGAAAAAUGGUUCGUACAUUAUUUUUAGACUAAGUAGCGCCAAAGCAAAGCUAUUUCAAAAUCGCCACGGUCUUACCAAUCGAUUGUAACAUAAAUCGUAUUAACAUAAAAUCUAAAUAAGCAAAUAGUGAUUAAUCAAAGCAAAACAAAAAUUUCUUUCUGGUUUACAUGUUCUACACGUAUGCGAAUACAACAAGUACGAAAAUAUAAAUAUCUUUCUUUUUCCAUGAAAAAAACGUGCGUGAUAUAAUUAUUUGGUUAUUAAUGUAACUAUCGCGUAUAAUGUUUCUUUUAGUUAUCCCAUUCGGUUAAAGAACGUACAAGAUAUUUAUCUCGCGCGUUUAAUAUCUUUUUCCAAUUUAUCUGGGAUACUUACUAACACACUGUUCUCUAGCGAGAGAUGUGGAGAUUCGAAUAUCUAGUAAAUCGUUCGUAAUCGCGCAUUGCGUUCUUUGCCCGAUAGGAUGUCUUACAUCUUUGAUCUCAUAGCACGAAAAUACGAAUUGCGUGUCUAAGAAGAAAUACGCUGACGCUUUUCCUUUGCUUUGUUAUAUCUAUAAUCAUUUGUGAGCUAGGCUCUUAUUUCUUACAUAGUUCAAAGCGCUAAAGAUAGUACAAAGAUUUCAGUUACGGCAGGAAUGAAAUCUGUAAUCUGUGUAUGUUAUAUUUUCAUUCUCGAUUUAACUUUAUUAUUUAUUAUUAUUCGGAGAAAAUUUCGAGAGAAAAGAUUGUAUUUUUAUUUGAGCGUUGAACGAGUCACAUGGACUAUGUAUUAGUUUCUCUGUGCCGAAAGCAAAUUUUUUAAAUUUAAAUAAUAUACGAAAAGGAUGCAUAUAAAUUAGAAGAAAUUCUUGUUUGACGAACUAAUUUUCAACAGGAAAAUAACGUUAAUCCAAAACAUUACCCUCAAAAAAUGGAUUGUUUGAAAAUGGAUGCUAUACACAAAUGAGCUUCUUUUUCGUGAAUUGCCCCGAUUUAUAUUCGCGAUGUAAUGUUUCUAUGUUUUCGUGAAGAAUGAUGGACUCACGUUUCCACCGGAGUGAUUUGUAUAAAACCGAGGAGAAAUUCAGUCUACUUGCGUCAACGUAAGAGAGUAAGCUUCCUGUAUAUUAAAGAGAAAGAAUAUGAAGGAAUGGUAAAAAAAAGAGAGAAAGAGAAAUGUCGGAGUGUGUCUCCGCGUGUAUAAAAUUUCAAGCAAACGUCUCGCAUCAAAUAGAGAUGCGUAUUUUUUGAACGAGACGUUGAAGAGAGGUAGCUUCUAGCUCGCGUAUGUGAAAUGGACGCGUGUGCCACUUGAUUCGUCGGUGAUAGUCUGGCGUUUCGCCACCCAAUUUAGUCGUACCAAUCGCAUUUAUCACAGAGAGGGGUAUGUAGUCUUCAUCAUUGAGGCAAACGGAGGAGAAGCACAAGGAAAGGAAGAGAAAAGAAAGAGAAAGAGAGAAAAAGGGGAAGAAUCCCACUUGAAAUUUGAGGAUUGAGAGAGAGAAUAACAAUUUCGGUGAGCGCAAUUUUCAAUGCCAUGAAAAUGUGAGCAUAGAGAUUUUUCAUCAUUUUGGCGUGUCUAAAUCGCAUUGAGAGUUUCCGUUUCAUCGGAAAUUGUACCGGUUUCUUUCUUUUGAGAAUCAAGAUUUUCCACAGUUAGCUUUUUUAGCUUUUCCAGGUACUUAAAGAGGGAAAGAAAAAGAAGAAACGAUGAUAAAAUAAGCCGCUUUACACUGGCCGUUAAACGCUAACUUAAGAGUUUUUGUAUGAUAUGUUUGUUAAGACUACUGUUUUUGUCACCCAACACCCUACCAGUAUUCGAAAAAAAAAGGAGCGAACGAAUGAGCGAAUGGUGGAGCGAAAGAGGAAAUGCGAAUAGAAGAAAUGAGAAUGCGAGUAUUGUACGUCACUUUUAGUAUCGUUAGAAUGAGCGACGUAUAAUAAGAGCAAGGGGUAAAGAAAGCGGGACAACGGAGAGGAAGAGAGAGAGAGAGAAACUUUGAAAGACGAGCGAACGUAUGCAAAAGCGUACAUUUUCAUUAAGCUACGUAUUGUCGUUUAGCACAAAUCAAUCAAGCAAAUCCGUAUGAUCUGAGAGUAUGAGCAAUAAAUCGAGGAAUCGAGGAUGAGCACGUGUGAACAGGAUACAUGAAAACGUAAAGCAACGUAAAAACCGAUUACAAGUGAUGAGCACGAAUUGGAGAUUAGGUGCGGCGAUCCCCAAAGAUGACGAAGGCGAGAGGAAGCGCUCCUGUAUAUAUAACGAGUAAUAGGAAAACGAUAUAAAUACGUUUCGUAAAGGGAACAUUUCUACAUGGUAAACCGCUAUACAUUAUGCACUGUAAGAAAAUUGUACCAAAUGUCAAGAAAGAGUGUGCGUGUGUGUGUGCAUGUGCGUAUGUGUGUGUAACGCGCUGCAGAAGGCUGUCUCUUCAUUGUUUCGAGGGAAGGACAUAUCCCAAAAUCGCGAGAUUGAAAAGCUUUUUAGGUAACCAAGCGCCACUUGAAUUAAUCGCAAAAUACUGAUUAUUUCAUUUUAAAGAUAUUUUCAGACUGUUGUUUUUUUUAAGCACAGUAUCGUCUUCUUCUCUAGCAGAAAAGUUGACAAAUUUAAUUUGUCAGGCCAGGGUGCAAAGGCGUUUGGAAGCUUUUAAAAGCCGUUCAACUGGUGUAUAUUGGGUGAGAAAAUCGAUGCACAAAUUGCAAUGUGACGUGGAAGAGCUUUCCAUAUGAUAAAGCAAUGACGAAACGAUUCACCGUAUUUUGCAGACACGGGGACACUUUGUAAAGUAGGGCUUUAUAUCGCGAAGCGACUUUGCAAUUCCUUUUCCAUCGUACUGCACUUAUCACGCUAAUGAACAUUUAGUCUGCCAAACCACGCAUUCAGUUAAACAUUACUUAUUUCUGAUUUUACGCUUAUGUCGCAGGGCUGGAUGUCAAAUGAAGAAAUUAAAACUUAAACAAUCAGAUUAAGGUAUAGUUUUGUACUGUCUAUCAGAUAUUCUCAAGGUAAAUUGUGUAUAAUACAAGUAUAAUGCGAAUAUAGCUCUCUUAUUAUACCAAAUUUCAAGCAAAGCAUUCAGAAUUUAGGAUAGUUUGCAUUCUAUUUAUAUUUGAUACAUAAUAUCACAGAGAGAGAGAAAGAGAGUAGAAUUAUUUUCUAAAGUAAUAUUUUUCUAAAGAAAAUAUAUAGACAUGGCAAUAAAUUCUAAUUGUUUCUAUAUUGAUUCGAUAUAUCGUGCAACUAUAUGAUAUAAUAUUGAGGUCAAUGUCUGCAAGUGAUUUCUGCCAUUGAUGCAAUUUGACAAAUCCAGAUGUGAGAAAUUGAAAUUUAAAUACACCUUCGUAGCCACGAUGUCCGUUUGUCUGAGGUUGUAAAAAAGUGCGAGACGCGAUGUGAAAAGCUGCAGAAUCGUUUUGCGAGAUUUGUGAGGUUCGUGGUGAAGUCGGAAAUGCGGUGCGGUCCACUCGGAAAUUGUAAAAUCACACAUACACAGUAGUAGUCGCCCGGUUCUGUGAAUUUUAUUUCUAUGGAGAAGCCAGAGAACAAGUAGUAGGGAAAGGGUGAGAAGGAUGAAAAUACUCCGUGCACUGUACAGCGUAUUAACUUGUCUGGAGGUACAUAUAUAUCGAGGAUCCUUUUUCAAAACUGAAGUAAUAAGGAUUGCAUAUUGUAUAUAAACAAGACAUAUUUUCUAUAUAAGGGACGUCGCUCGGUAAGAAGACCGAUGGCUCGGUAAAAAUACUGCAAUAUUAUGAUAAUUCUUUCAAGCGAUAGGAUAGCUUUUAAUCGUUUUAUGUAAUGUAAUGAUAGAAAGAGGGUCUGGCAGAAUAAAAGUGAAAGUUCUGUAUUUAAA